GAUUAUCACUACUAGUAGUUGAUUGUUUACUUAAUAAAUUAUUAGCUCGAUCUUACAAAAUUGACCAUGCUGCAGCUGUGGCGACUCUCCAUGCCGAACACUAUAAAUCGGGGCGAAAAUAAUGAUCCUUCACGGCGCGGCACUCCAUACUGAUUCAAGGCAGCUGACUCCUCCCAGUCCCAGGUGGCCACGUCCCAGCAGCAAGCUCGACCAUGCUCAACUUGUACCCGAGGCUCCAGCUCCAGGCGAGCUCCGCCGCCGACGAGAGCAACGACGACGUCGACGCCGACGGCUACAGCGCCUUCUACGGCUACGGCAUCGCCGCCGUGUGCGUGACCAUCUUCGUGUUCUGCGUGCUCGUCUCCACCGUCAGCGUCGGGAAGGCGCUCGCCUUCGCCGCCCUGGCCGCGGUGCUGCUCGGCGCCGCCGGCUGCUUCGCGCCCAGGGGGUGGUUCCGUCCGAGCGGGCGGGGCCAGGGCGCGGAGCUGCAGGUCGUCGUCACGGUCGCGGCGGGCGCCGCGCGGCCGGGCUACCCGUGCGCUCAGGUGGACGCGCCGCCGGCGUUCGCGUUCCGGUGCCCGCUCGAGGAGGGCGGCGGCGCGGGUGAGGCGGCGAGCUCCGUGGUGUGCUCGGUGUGCCUGGAGGACGUGCGCGGCGGCGAGAUGGUGCGGCAGGUGCCGGCGUGCAGGCACGUCUUUCACGUGGGGUGCAUCGACAUGUGGCUGCACUCAAACCGGACGUGCCCGAUGUGCCGCUGCGUGGUCUCGCCGCCGGCGAAGGCGACACCGACAGGCGCUGCAGCCGAGGAGGCGCCGGAGCUCUCUGAUGAUCAUGAGUUGCCGCCGGUGUAA